ACAAGGUUGUCAUUGCAUAAAACUCAGCUGAAUAAUAUUUUCUUACAGCUGCAAUAACUUUGCAUAACUCAAGAGAUAUCCUCUGCCUGGUGCAAACUUUGCCCCCUGGUAUGGCGCCUUAUCGGUGAGCUGUGAGUUAUUGUCAGCACGAAGCAAAUGGCUUAUCUAUUAAACUCCGGGCAACGCACUAAGCAAACACUGCGUCAAGAGAGUACUGUAAGAGGAAGAUGUGCCUAUCCCACUUGAUUUGACCGUCUCUACAUCUCCACGCUGUCAUGGGACUGCGAGGAUCUAAACAACCAGAAGCCCAAGUCCUCCUUCUGGGUCUGGACAACGCCGGGAAGUCGACCCUCCUCUACAAACUGAAACACAACGCGUGCGUCAGCACCGUCCCCACCAUCGGCUUCAAUGUGGAAAUGUUCGAGGCGAAAAAGAACAGGAAGAACAUCGCCGUAACCGUGUGGGACGUCGGUGGCCAGGGGAAGAUGCGCGAGCACUGGGAGAGCUUCCACCAGGACGCAGCAGCUGUGGUGUUUGUUGUGGACAGCUCCGGCAGGGAGCGCCUGGAGGAGGCGCGCAGGGAGCUGGAGAAGACGUUGAGGAGCGAGCAGCUGCGGGGCCGUCCGCUCGUUGUUGUCGCCAACAAGCAGGACGUGAACGGCUCUCUGACUGUCACUGAAAUCAAGGACGUGUUUAACCUGAAAAAGAUUUGUUCGGGUCGGGACUGGUUCGUUCAGCCUUGUUCCGCAUCGACGGGAUUUGGAGUUGAAGAGGCCUUCAGACGCGUGAUCCAAAUGGUCAAAUAAAACAUUAACUUUUGUUUAUAACGAAUAUGUUAUUUUCAUAUUAUUCACAAUAUGACAAAUUUAUUUUGAAACAACUUUGGAAAUCUGAACCUAAACUUCUUUAUACCAACAAUAAAUCACAUUUAAAGAGGUCA